CGGCCUGGCCCGGCCCGCCCCUUCCUGCCCCGUGGUCGGGGCCGGGCUUCUCCCCCUGCCCCGGCCCGGCCAUGCUGGACUUCGCCAUCUUCGCCGUCACCUUCCUGCUCGUCCUGGUGGGCGCCGUGCUCUACCUCUACCCGGCAUCUAGGCAAGCAUCGGGUAUCCCCGGGCUAGCUCCGACUGACGAGAAGGACGGCAAUCUGCCAGAUAUCGUUGCUAGCAGAAGUCUGCACGAGUUCCUGGUGAACCUUCAUGAGAAAUAUGGCCCAGUGGUCUCUUUCUGGUUUGGAAGGCGCCUUGUUGUCAGCAUUGGCUCCAUUGAUCUCCUGAAACAACACAUCAACCCCAACCGGAUAUCGAAUCCGUUUGAGGCAAUAUUGAAAUCCUUCCUGAGGUACCAGCCCAGCCUGAACGGGGAUACAGGAGAGAGCCACCUGAGGAGAAAGCUGUAUGAAAAUGCUGUGACCAAGUCCCUUCAAAGCAACUUAGCUCUCAUCCAGAAGUUGUCAGAAGAGUUGCUAGCCAAAUGGCUCUCCCUGCCUGAGGCACAACACGUGCCACUUUGCCAGCACAUGCUGGGCUUUGCCAUGAAGUCUGUUACACAGACAGCUAUGGGCAGCAGCUUUGAAGAUGACCGGGAAGUCAUCCGAUUCCGCAGACACCAUGAUGCAAUCUGGUUGGAGAUUGGGAAAGGUUUCUUGGAUGGGUCCCUUGACAAAAACACAACUAGGAAGAAGCUGUAUGAAGAUGCUCUGAAGGAGAUGGAAUCUACCUUAAGGAAAGUCACAAAGGAACGCCGAGGCAGAUCAUUCAACAGGCACGUCUUUAUAGACACUUUGCUGCAGGGGAGCCUGAGUGACCAGCAGAUUCUGGAAGAUACAAUGAUUUUCUCCUUGGCAGGAUGCACAAUUACUGCUAACUUGUGCACCUGGGCAGUCUAUUUCCUAGCAACCUCUGAAGAUGUCCAGCAGAAUCUCUACAAGGAAGUGGACCGUGUUCUGGGGAAGGGACCAAUUACUCAUGAGAAAAUUGAGCAGCUCAGAUACUGUCGGCAAGUCCUCUGUGAGACAGUGCGAACAGCAAAGCUUACUCCCAUUGCUGCACAGCUGCAGGAGCUGGAGGGCAGAGUUGACCAACACACUAUCCCCAAAGAGACACUUGUACUUUAUGCUCUUGGUGUGAUGCUGCAGGACAGUUCAUCUUGGCAGUUACCAUACAAAUUUGACCCAGAGAGAUUCAAUGAAGAAUCAGCGAUGAAAAACCUUUCCUUGUUGGGUUUUUCAGGAAGCCAGGAGUGCCCAGAGUUGAGGUUUGCCUACAUGGUGGCUACAGUUCUGCUCACCGUCCUAGUAAGGAAACUAUACCUUCACCCAGUGAAAGGCCAAGUCAUGGAGACCAAAUAUGAGCUGGUAACCACACCGAAGGAGGAAGCCUGGAUUACGGUUUCUAAGAGAAGCUAAGAACAAGCAAAACAAGGGUCUGAAAGUACCAGUAGUGAAGUUCUGGGCGAGAGUCUUAGAGGGAAUUGUGCUGGCAGCACAAGGACACGACCAGGGAAUUUUACAUGCAGAUUUUGUUACCUUCCACGUUCUUAAUCACAUAUCCUUGGGUACUUUUUCUAACUCAACGAAUAGUCAUAUUAAAGUAGAUUUAAUCUGUAUGCUUCUUUACAUUUACUUUUUGCCCAAACCAUUGUAAAGGAAGCAAAAAAAACAAAACAAACAAACAAACACAAUUGCAGCAGUGUAUCUAUAAAUUGCUGGGUUCCAGCUAGACAAAGACCAGGCUGCUGGCCAGUCCAGUCCCUUUCCAACAACAGCCAGAUCUGGAUAAGGAAGGGACUGUGCCACAGGGAAUGCUUCUUUGUGGAUCCCAGCUAGAUAAGACCUUGGAGACACAAGGACACAAUCUUUCUCUCUAUAUAAGUAUUUUUAUUCAAAGUGUCUUUCCUACCCUUGAGCUAUAGCUAUAACUGUCAAGAAGAGCAGAUAUAUCUUGUGAGAAGUAUGUGUGAGUGUGCGUGAGAGAAAGAGAAAAAGAAAGUGGGGUGGGAAUUGCACCAUCGGGUCUCAUGCCGAGUAUGUAAUUUUGCUGUGCUCUACAGUUGCAAGAGAAAGGAUAACUGAGAAAUGCUAGUAAACAGGAGGAAUAAAAUUGGUUUGGCCCCUGAGAAAACAGAAGCAUUAGUAAUGAUAUAAUGAAAUGAAAUAAAACCACAGAACAAAGCCCUGAGAAAAGAAUUCUCUAUCCUGACAGUUCUGAGGGCAGUGUCUAAUCUAAUCAGCAUCAGAAAUUGAUGACAGAUGCUUGCAAUUCAUUGAGCUCUGGGUCAGCAUGAGACUGGACAUGCAAGUACUGGAAAGGGAGAGUGCUGAUUUUAUAGGGCUCUGAAUUAAUGUUGUGCUUAAUAACUUAAAAGCCUUUCAGAGAGCCCUCUUCCUCUUCCAAAACGUGUGUGAGCCAAAGCAGCCACAUGUUCACGUGCUUUUUCCUGCUUCUUUCUCCCUCUCUUAGCUGUAUUAGGCCAGCUUGUGGAAGAUUUUUCAGAGCCCAACUGAAUGGCUUGCAAGGCAGGGACCUCUUACCCCUUUAUCUCAGUACUAUUUAUUGCCAUCCAACCUACUACGAUUGUGGUUCUCUUUCUUUUCAUUUUACAUAGAAUCACCCUUUACCUGAUCUCGGUAAGUCUGUUCCCCAUAAACCUGACUUUUCUGUUAACAUGAGUUCCAAGCCCCCUUCCCAUUCAAAUGUGGUGUUGUCGUAGGUGAAUUGUUGCUCAGUCUGCAGCUGCGUAUGCCUGAGCUGCUUUUGCACACAGCUACUGAUGCAUCACAGAAAAGGUCAGGAACAUGUGGCUCCCAGUUUCACUGCCUCUGUAGACAGGGCACACUUCACACAGGUACACCUGUUUCACGUAUCUGAGUAGCAGCAAUUCCCAUUUCUAUAGACAUUGUUUCUUUCACUGCUACCUUCCAGGUCAGGAAAUCUGCAUUUACAAAAAUGUUUUGGCUGUUGUGUAUCUGCCAAGUGCCAGCCUGAAUGCAGUCCUUUCAGCUCUUAGAGGGUUAAUAUCUGAUGCCAGUCUCCUGUGAGGACCAGACAAAGAAAAUUCAGCUCUUGGGUUUAAUGUGUCAGCUCUGCUUUUGGUGGAGCUGUGGAGAUUCAGAUUCCCCCCCCCUCAGUGCAGUGUGUGUUGGGGGAGAUGUAGGACAGAGAUUCUGUUCUGCUUUUUGUCUGCUGGGCAGGAAAAGGAGAGUUGUACAGUUCAUCUUGCUGCCUCUCUUGCAUUGAUUUUUAUAAUGAACUGCAAGAAAGCUCUUGCUAAUCUGACCUCCAUUUAACUGAAGGUUGGUCAUGUCCCCAGAUGGCAAUUCAUGUUAGACUUUGCUUCACUGCUUAUGCAGAAAUGCCUGUUUUUCUUGAAGGCUGCAGAUGUUUCCUAAACCUUAUGGAGACAUCAGUGUGGUAAAGGAUUUUACUUUAAAGCAUCCCUGGUGUACAGAGGAGGCAAAACAGUAGGGAAGUUAUUGCUUUCUUGGAGAAAAAAUGGUAGCAUAGCACUGUCCCUGCUAAGAACCACACUAGGAAUAGCUGACUUGGUCAUAUAAUUAAGUGGCUAAGGUCUGCUUUAUUACAGCCAUGUGGUACUAGGAAGCUUUCACACAGCAGAAAAGCUUCCCAAGAGUCAUUGUUUAGACUUCAUUAACAGUGUUUCUCUGCCUUGCUGGAGUUGCCUGGGCCAACUGCUUUGCAACAGUUCUUAACCAGUUGUGGGAAUCAGAAAUAGGAGUAAUUCUGUAUAAUUUGUUAAAAAAUUUCUGUCAGUCUGCACGGGUACUGCAUCCCAUAAGACAGUAUUCUCAGUGUGGGCCAGUAGCCAAACAUGCUACAGGAGUCUGCAGCUGAUAGGAGAGAAGAACGUGGCGCAAACUGCUCAAGAAAGCCAAUGGUUAGUUUGCAUUUGCUCAAAACUACUGCCAAAAAGGGCCCCAGCUCAUCAGUUAAAGGUAUGUGUUAGGUGUUGGGAGAAAGAAGGGGAGUGAGGAUCUCUCAGGCAUUCAUUAUGCAUUGCUUGGAGUGACGCUGAGGGCACAGCCACGUUGUUUGCUGCAGUCUGUAAGUUUCCAUUGCUCACUCUUUCAAUGUCGGUCAUUUCAAACAACUUAACUCUCAAGAUACAGUGCACCGCUGAUCAGCCCAGCUGUAGCUCCUUUUCUUAUGCAAUAAAACCCCUUCUUUGUAUGGGAAUCUUCAUAGAUCAGAGCUUUCUCUGAAGAUUUAAUAUAUUUCAGUUGGAAAAUUGAAAUACCAAUUUGGUUCCAUUUAUCCCCUCACCCCUUGUCCCACAUGCACUGUCAAGUGGUUCUUUUUUGGCCUGGUUUCCUGAGGAUGGCCUGUGUUCAGAGUGUGCCCCCACCCUACUUAAGUCUGAACACCUCUCCCCCUCUGCUCCUCUCGCAAGAAGCAGCUUCUGAGCCCUUGGGUCAGAUCAGCUGCAUUUGGCAGGGACUAGGGUUUGAAAUCUCAACACAACUUUGUUCCUACAAAUUCUGUGAAAAAAUGACUGGUCAUAGGGAUGAGAGUCUAUUCUAGAUGUGUCACAAGAUUGCAUCCAAAGCCAAAGCAUUGUUAGAUGCCAGCCUGCGGAAAAACCUGAGUCAGAGCCUGCACUGUAGCAGAUACUCACUCAGUCUCAGAAGUCCAGUCAGUAGGUAAUAGGAUUUUGUCACUCCUGCUGCUCAUAGACCCCACACACUGAAGACACAUCUUCUGGCCGUCCAUGUGGGGAUGCAACCAGUAUUGCAACCUGUGGAAAAAAAUGCCUUAGUCUAGGAAUUGAGAGGAGGAAGGUUGCUUCUAUAAUAUAGGAAAGUGUUGAUUUUUAUGCUUCACAUUCCUGUUCUGCACCAGAAAGCUACUUCACAAAUUCCACAGGAUGGUUUUGAAGAGCAUACAGAAAAGCUGUCAUUUCAUUCCUUGGCUUUUCCUGUAGAACAAGCUUCAACAGAGGGCUGCAAAUUAAUGGAAGGCAAGAGGCUAAAUAUAUCUCUGUGUCUAUGCAGCCUGCUGCUAUCAGAAGCAGGCAGCCAGCACAGGUGCUGGGAGCAGUCAGGCCAUUGCAAAUUGAUUGUCAUGGCUGUUUCUGUAUGACACAGGUGUAUACUUUUGCCCCUCAUACUGAUGGCAACUGGUGAAACUGUUAGGUAACUUAGUGGAGCAGACAGCUUAUUGAGCUUGCUUCACAGUACCUCCAAAAUGUCCAUGAGUGGUGUUAUGUCUAGGUUUUAAUUAACCUGGGCUGCAUAUAGAGCCAUUUUUGCAAUGUAGUAAUAUUCCUCUCCUUUUCCCAGCAGUUAAAGACUUGCCAGUAAUGGCUGUGGCAUGCAGCUCAGGGCUGAGGACUGUACAUUUUAUUUUCCAUCAUUAAAUGGGAAGGAUGGUGUUUGCAACUUUUGUCUUGCUUGCUGCAAAAGUAAGUGUCAGUUGUUGGACAGAGUGGAUGUUUGCUAAUUUAAAAUACCUUGGGCUGCUCUUCUGCCAGCUCUCCCAUUAGCCAUGCAAUUACAUGAACCAGGGGCUGCUGGCAAUGCAAAAUGGGGAAACCACUUACCUGUCUCACUGACUGCAUAGUUAAUUUAUCAACAUUUUGGUACUCCUUAACCCAUAAUUAACUAGUGUUGCUUUCCUGCUCUCUCUGUCUCAGGUGCUGUGCACACAUUCUCAUUGAGAACAGGUGUCACCACUCAGCAGGGUCAUGGCUGACCUUCUUGAGGUUUCUGUUAUUGCUGCAGAAAGGGCUUCCUGGCAGGCACCCUUGGAUAUAGAUGUAUCCUAAUCAGCAGAAUGAAGUCUACAGCGUACUGGCUUCCUUUCUAAACUCAGAUCCUCCUGUAGCUUGGGGCAAAUAGAAGUGAGUAGAGCAGUACCUUCAUGAAAGCACUUAGGGUAUACAGGACUUCACCCAAUUCCCUACCCCUUCUAUCAAGAAUGACAGAAAAUGGUGAAAAAGACUUGUAAUGAGAAGUCAAAUCUUCAUCACUAGUGGGUUAUGCCACCAGGAAGUGGAAUUGUUGUGGUUACUGUGGCAGCUUAUUGCUGCUUUCCACUUGGCCAAAUCAGAAAUUGCUGGAAAAUAUUAUAGGUAUCUUUCUCCAUAGCCUGAGAGUAUGCACCCAUCUUGGCAUCUCUCUAGUUGAGCUCAGGACUGUUUUUUAGCAAUCAGUCUUCAACUAAACAAAAGGCCUGUUUGACAUCUCUUAGGAUUCAAUGCCAGGUUUUUGGCAGCAGCAGACGGAGAAGAGGAACUACCACACGCAGGAAAAAAAAAAGAUGAAGAAAAUGUUCCUCACAUAUGGAGGGUGGGGAAGGAGAGAAGAUAAGGGUUUCCAUGGCAACAUUCCUUGAAGAUAAGUAUAUUUAAAUCUGUGUGAAUUUUAGCAUUCGAAACACAGUUGUGUUUCCCACAAAAAGAUUUGGGGGAGGGCUGGAGUGGAAAGAUUUUUUUCCCCUACUUUUCAGGUCGUUCCUUCUUUCACAUAGGAGCCUGAACCUAAGAUAAAUUAAGUAUAUGCAGUUGCUCUGAUGCUAACGCUCCUGUGAAGAAAGGCCUUUCCAAGAGCAAGAAGUAUUGGUCAUAGUGCUGUAUCUGCACUGACAUCUCUGGCCCAAGCAUUUGAUCCUCUCUUUAAUGGGAGAAGUAGUUUAAUUAGAAGAAUGCUAGGCCAGUAGAAAGUUGCAAGGACAAACCUACAGCAUUCCAGGUUAAAUCCAGUGUAAAUCAGAGCAAGAUCUUUAUAGUUGACUCUCAGCUAAGCGAUAGUAGUUUUAAGGUAACUGAGGUCUUUGGCCUUGGCCAAAGAGGAGAGGAUGUAGAACAGAAAAUAGCAGAGGAGCUGGGUAAAAUGCGUCCCUGGUGAGUGCCUUUGUAGCCACAAUGACAGUGAAACAUCACUGUAGGUAGGCAGCAGAUGUUCCUGUGACACUGUUAGGCAAGAAAUAUUUACUCUUUAUGAGUUAUCAGUGCUGGGGCUACCCCUGAAUCUCUGAAGCUUUUCUGCUCCUAUCUCUGCAGAGCUGAGCAACUUGCAGGCACUGGCAUGCUCUGUUCUGCUCUCACCUCCCUGCUGGAAUCCAGGCAGGUCAGCUCUGUCACAAGCCUGGCAGCGAGACAGCCAGUGCUGUGCCUGCUUGGCUGCCAACUUUCUCAUCUCACCAAAAUAGGCUUUUUUUUUUUUUUUUUUUUUAACAGUUGCUUCCAACUCAAUAAUGACUCAGACACUGCAGCAAGGGUAAAGCGAUCAUCUUUCCUUGCAGACCUUUACAGCAGAAGGCCCUGGGUAUCCUUUCUGAAAAGCCAGAGCUUUCUGGGCACAGCCAUCGGCUGAAUUCAGUUCUUUAGGUUACCUGAUCGAACCAGAUGUUCCUGCAGUGCUGUGACCCUGCUGGCUACAGGGCUGUGUUACAGCAAUAGACUAAAUGAUUCCUACAAGUUCUUUGUGUUUAGCAGUCCUGGGGAGGGGAGGCUGGGAGGGAAAGAAUAGUCAUACAUAAAGAGGAUGCUAUUUACCCAUUAAGGCUCUUACCCUGACCAAAUUUCCCUAGGCUGUGAAUCCUAUGAAGAAACAAAGAUCUAUUGGAACACUAAAGUGAAAAGCAGUAACUCAUAUUCAGGUAUUUAUCUUCUGAGGUGAGAGAGGGGAAACAAAUAAGGGUGUCUGAAAAAGCAAAGUUCAUAUUGUCAGACUGGAAAUUGCCACUUGGUAGCAUUUUGUAUUGGCUGAGACCCUGAUACAGAAUAAACAACACUCAGAUCUAGCUAAAGUGACUAUGUCCCUUGUCGGCUUCCCUUUGUCUUGAUUGAUAAAGCCUACAGGCACUGUGGAAAACUGAACUUUUUAUGGAUUCUCUAUUGGAAUUCACUGUUACCAGAUACAUUAUUGUAAAUUCUGGGACUAAUAUUCAAGCCCUUAUGUCAGCACUAACAUGAAAAUGCAUACUCUGGCUUUGUAAUUUCUUGGACUGAACAGCAACUGACUUGCUGAUGCAGGGCUUGUUAGCUCUGAGUUAUUGAUUAAAUACAUCAUGUUUACUCCA